AACGGCCUCAUCGCUCAUUGGUGCACUUGCACUUUCUGCGGGCUGGCCGACGUGGCAGCUCCAUGCAUUCAUUGUUCAAGAGACGGCUCGGUACCGAGAACGAGCGCACAGCACUCAUGGCCAUGCAGCCGAGCUACCGUCACACGGACCUUGAAGGCAUUCUGGCCCAGACCAUCUACGAAUACAACGCGUCCAGUCACGACGAUGACGAUGGACUACUCGACGUGCUUCCUGCGCGAGCUUUGCCACAGUUCGACGAGACGCGCUGGCCCAUUUUCAUGACCCCCCAAGAAAUGACCGUGAUGGAAGUUGUCAUGCAGAUUCCGCUACGCGUGUCGGAUGGGAACGAUUCAUCGAGCGACGAGCCGGAAGACGACCAUGACGAUGGCAUGGACGCCAACUUGGCGCGCGCCCGCACCGCGUGGGCCAGCAAUGCGCGCUGCCGCAACCGCGACGGCGUGUACGAGCCUGUGCCCAAGACGAUUCCAGGCAACAAGCGCCCGGUCUUUGCCCCGCCGGACUUUGUCGUGCCAUCGCCCAGUGCUGUCGGCACCGUGCCGGCCGGCUUUCCGCGCUCGCUGCGCAGCGUCUUUCGUCUCACCAAGGCGACGAUCGCGUCCCUGGCGUGCUUUUACAACAACGACUUUGGCAUCAGCAGCGCCGACGUCGGGCGCGAGAAGAUGCAGCGAUGCUUCCUCGACUUUAUCCAAGGCAAAGAUUAAGAGACCCUUGGUGCACCAUGGUAGCGUUCAGGUGUGUUACGGAAGCGCGCUCCAUGCGCUGAAACAAGAAGCG